AUGGGAAUGAGCCUCUGUAACUUGGAUAUGACCAUACCGAUACAAUCUCCAACUGACAAAUUGGGGGAGGUUUAUAACUUACAAUGUACGGUGAAGAUGUUAAACCAGAAAUUUCUUCAGUAUGGAGUUGCUAUACUCCGUACCAGAAUUUCAUUGUGUUGGCAAGUGGAUUCGCACAGUCACGGCAAGUAUUAA